GCAAUGAAUGUAACUAUUUUUUCUCUUAAACUAGAUAUCUCGAAUUUAAGUUUGUACAUAAUUAGUUUUAAAGAAUAUUUUUAUGGUAAAGAUUAGUUACUUCGAGUGAGUUGUAUACAAAAAACAUGAAUUGAAUUUCAAUGUGAACGUUGAGCGCUAAACAGAAAUCAAAAAUGACAAAAGACAGAUAUUUUUAGUAGUUAGAUGAAUAAAAAAUACUCUUAUCUUGUAUUGGAAGAAGCGGGCGAUUAAAUUGGGUUGAUAAAAAUGUCAACUUUCACUAAUUAGUAGAAAUCUUGGAUCAAAUCUCUUACUUAUUAUUACUAUAUAUAUAUAUAAUUUCAGAAUUUAUUUAGAGAUCUGUGCAUUUGGGUAUUCUUUAGUUUAUAUUAUGCUAUCUGGGUCAUUCUCAUUUUGCCCCCAUAGUACUUGUCUCCUUGUUUCUUGAAAAUCCCACAAAAAUUUGGGAUUUUUGUUGUUUUUGUGUUUUUUUCACUGUAUUGUUUUGCCCCAUGUGAUAAAUGUUCAAUAUCUUGGACUAACUGUACAUAAUUCUUGAAAAAAAUCCAAUCUUUGUGUUUGAUUUGUUUUCAGUGUGUACAGAUUCAUGGAGAAUUCUUUGUGUUAUGUGAUGUUCUUGUCAUUUUUGUUUGUGGGUAGUUGUUAUUCUUUCUAUAAUGUAGAACAAGAAAAUGAUAGAAUUACUUAUUUGCCUGGGCAACCAGAAAAUGUACAAUUUAGUCAGUAUUCAGGUUAUGUAACUGUAAAUCAGCAAGCUGGAAGGGCAUUGUUUUACUGGUUGAUUGAAUCACCAUCGACUCGUUAUCCUGAGAAAAGGCCACUUGUUUUGUGGCUUAAUGGAGGGCCAGGAUGUUCUUCUGUAGCUUAUGGAGCUGCUGAAGAAAUCGGCCCGUUUCAUAUUAAUGCUGAUGGGAAGACACUUUACUUGAAUCCUUACUCAUGGAACAACUUGGCGAAUUUGCUUUUUCUUGAAUCACCAGCUGGAGUUGGUUUUUCUUAUACAAAUACUACCUCAGAUUUGUAUGAUGCUGGUGAUCAAAGAACAGCUGAAGAUACCUACCAGUUUCUUAUCAAGUGGUUUGAAAGGUUUCCUCAGUACAAGCAUAGAGAAUUUUACAUUGCUGGAGAAAGUUAUGCAGGGCAUUAUGUUCCGCAGCUAUCUCAACUUGUCUACCAGAGGAACAAGGGAAUCAAGAACCCAAUUAUAAAUUUCAAGGGCUUUAUGGUUGGAAAUGCUGUUACCGAUGAUUACCAUGACUAUGUUGGCACGUUCGAGUACUGGUGGACUCAUGGCUUGAUUUCGGAUUCUACAUACAAGCUUCUCCAGAUAACAUGUGACACAGGAUCGUCUGAACAUCCUUCCACUGAUUGUACUAAAGCUCUUCUGCUUGCAGAUCAUGAGCAGGGAAAUAUUGACCCAUAUAGCAUAUAUACUCGUCCUUGUGCCAGUACUAAUGCACUUCACCGCAACCUAAGGGGUCAUUAUCCAUGGAUGUCCAGAGCAUAUGAUCCUUGUACCGAGAGGUACUCUGAUGUUUAUUUUAAUCUCCCAGAGGUACAAAAGGCAUUCCAUGCUAAUGUAACUAAGAUUGCCUAUCCUUGGAAAACAUGCAGUGAUAUUGUCGGAGACUACUGGGACGAUUCUCCUUUGUCAAUGCUUCCCAUCUACCAUGAGCUAAUAGCGGCUGGUCUCAGGAUAUGGGUAUUCAGUGGCGAUACUGAUUCAGUUGUUCCUUUAACCGCAACUCGAUAUUCUAUAGAUGCAUUGAAGCUUCCAACUAUCACAAACUGGUACCCUUGGUAUGACAAUAAAAAGGUUGGAGGAUGGAGCCAAAUAUACAAAGGGUUAACCCUUGUAACUAUAACAGGAGCAGGGCAUGAAGUGCCUCUUCAUCGCCCUCGUCAAGCUUUCAUUCUAUUCAGAUCAUUUUUGGAGAACAAGCCCAUGCCAAGCUAAACAAAGUCAAUCUGUAGAGAAUCUUCGAUUGAUCAUGUUGUCAAAGGACCAGAGAUAACGAUAUAAUCCCUCAUUUCUUUCCCCUUGACUGGUAUAUCAGUAAAGGCCGCGGGGCAGAUUCAAGAUUAUUACACCUCAAUAAUGCUAUACAAUGGCUACAUUAGAAUUUCCAUUCAUAAAUUAGUUUGACUUCAUUUUGUAGAUAAAAGCAUUCCAUGUAAAUGGAGUUUCCAGUUGAAGACAAUCUUAUUAGGAAAUCCUACUUGUUUGGAGACAAAUUUGACUCCUUGCAACUUUAGCUUUUUCCAAAUAUUACACUUUAGACAAAUCAUGUACUAUUCUUGAUGAGUAUUAGACUUAAGUCCCGUAGAAAUAUGCGUGGUAUCGUCUUUGUGUUUCA